AUGUCAUUAGAUUGUGAUGAAAUUGUGAUACUUGAACUUGGAAAUGGUUCCGCUUCUGAUAUUGAGGUGGAAGUGGAUGAAUUGUUUAGAACUGAAUUGUGUUUGAACAUUCCAGUAAAUUUGAAUCCUCCACUCCCAAAUGAGGAAGCACCUUCACCGAUGUUUAUUGAAAUAGAUUUUGAGAUUGUAGACUCUAUAUGUGAAGAAGGUUCAAAGUUGGAAGAAGGGUCGAUGUCUCUAAAAAUGAAUGUGGAUAACAUACGUAUAGGGUCAAAAUUUAGGACCAAAGAAAAACUACAACUUGCUGUCAAGAAAUAUUGUAUUGUACAACAUUAUCAAUUUGUUGUAAUGGAAUCGAAUCAAGAUAUGUGGUAUGUAAAAUGCAAACAGUGGAAUGAUUGUUGCAAGUGGAGACUUCGCGCUCGUCGACAUAAAUCUCAUGGGAUGUUUGAAAUUAGUGUACUUGAGGAGGUUCAUUCGUACUUAUAUGCUGAGCUUACACAGGAUCACUCACAAUUGGACUCAAAUUUUAUGUGGAAUGAAAUUCAGAAUAUUGUACGACRUGAUCCUAGUACGUAUGUAACUUCAUUACAAGAAGUCAUAAAAAAAGAUUUUGGAUAUUGUGUGAACUACAAACGUAUGUGGCAAGCUAAACGAAAAACACUAAUUAAAGUUUUUGGAGAUUGGGAAAAAUCAUAUGAAGAGCUCUCAUACUGGUUGAAUGCUUUAGUACAUUACAAUGCCGACACUCGAGUACUAUGGGACUUGAUACCUUCGAAUAAACCUAGACAUCUUAUUUUUGGGCGAGUGUUUUGGUCAUUUGGUCCUGCAAUUGAAGGAUUUAAACAUUGUAGACCAUUAAUCCAGAUUGAUGGUACACAUCUGUAUGACAAGUAUAAGGGAAAAUUACUUAUUGUCACCACAAUUGAUGCGAAUGGACAUAUAUUCCCUAUUGCUUUUGCUAUUGUGGAAGAGGAAAAUACUUCUGGUUGGUCGUGGUUUUUGUGUGCCUUGCGAAAUUUGGUUACCGAACAAGAUGAAAUUUGUCUAAUUUCUGAUCGACAUGGAGGUAUUUUGGGGGCUGUGAAAAAUAAGGAAAAUGGCUGGAAUGAACCGAGAGCACAUCAUCGAUUUUGUCUCCGUCAUGUAGCUAGCAAUUUCAACAAAAACUAUAAUUCGAAGCCCUUAAAAGAGUUGGUGUAUCGUGGUGGGUCUCAACACCAAAAGCAUAAAUUUGAAAGAUAUAUGAGGGAGUUACAACAAUUGAAUCCAGAUUGUAUUGAUUUUUUCACUCAUAUAAACAUUGAAAAAUGGACACAAGCACAUGAUCAAGGGUUUCGAUAUGGAUGGAUGACAACAAAUCUAGCAGAGUGUAUUAAUGGUGUUUUCAAGGGAGCUAGAAUGUUGUCAAUUACUGCAUUGGUGAAGUUUACGUUUUUUAAGACUAUUACUUAUUUCCAGAAACGUAGAGAUGAUAUCAAUGAAGUAGUGGAUCGGGGUGAAAAGUAUACAAAAUAUGCUUUAAAAAAAUUGAGGAGGUGGGAGAAAAGAGCGAUGACACAUUCAGUGACUUUUAUUGAUCGAGAGACACAAACUUUUCAAAUCGAAACAGGAAUAGAUAUGUUCUCUCCUUACAAAGGCCAACGUAUUCAAGUAGUUUGCUGA